AUGGGUUGUCUUGAGGAAGAGCAUAAAGUCCUGCUCAAAGGUACUUGCCACCACCUGGUGGGUCGAGAUGUCGUGCAGAGUAUCGGGACAAUAGACAGCGUUCAUGAUGAGUUCGCCGUAGAAGCGCAUCCCAUCCGAGAGAUUGAUCUUGACUCGCCCGAUGCCGAGGGUGGUCCGGAGGUUACCAGUCUGGUCACGGAAUCGGAUGACUGCCCAACGAUGCUGAGGGACCUUCGAGGCGGCGAUUUCGUUGAUUGGCAAGGGAACUAA